GGUCCGUGCGCGAUUGCCCGCUCCCGGCGGCGUUCACGUCCAAAAUUAGUAAAUAAAGACGAUGGCAACGUUCGAGCUGCGCGCCGUCGUGUCGUCGUCGUCGUCGUCGUCUCGCGGAGGGUGCACGGUGUAAAAUGAAGUGGAAACGUGCCGCGUGUCUCGCGACUGUUCAGGAAAGCGCGAGGAACGUCGCCGUGUGACGAACAGGCUGGCGGCUGACAAAACUCUUGGCUCGCUUCCUGGGCGCGUGCGACGAGACUCCAAGUUCGCUGGCGCACCGGGACACUUCCUCGAGGACCCCGAGGACGGGGCGAAGAGAGGGAGGGAGGAUAAUCCGCGCUCCAGAGUUCACGUCGUAAGAUAAAACGCAGGCAAGAUGGUUGUCGGAGAAGCAAGUAUACAUAACAUUAUGGGGGGGAUGGAGAGUACAGGGGGUGUGCGGCUUCACAACCACAAGCGGAAGUUGAAACAAAGAUUUGAUAUCAUAAAGAAAUUAGGACAGGGCACUUACGGUAAGGUGCAAUUAGGAAUAAAUAAGGAAACUGGUCAGGAGGUGGCAAUAAAGACGAUAAAAAAAUGCAAGAUUGAAACGGAAGCCGAUUUGAUCAGAAUACGAAGAGAAAUACAGAUCAUGUCGAGCGUUCAACAUCCGAAUAUUAUUCAUAUUUAUGAAGUGUUCGAAAACAAAGAAAAGAUGGUGCUAGUGAUGGAAUACGCAGCCGGUGGUGAAUUGUACGACUAUUUGAGCGACCGCAAGGUUCUAAGCGAGCACGAGGCUCGGAGAAUAUUCCGGCAGAUUGCUACCGCCGUCUUUUAUUGCCACAAACACAAGAUCUGCCACAGAGAUCUGAAGCUCGAGAACAUUUUGUUGGAUCAAGUCGGGAACGCGAAGAUAGCCGACUUCGGUCUCUCAAACGUGUUCGACGAGACACGAUUGUUGAAUACAUUCUGCGGCAGUCCGUUGUACGCGAGUCCGGAGAUCGUGAAGGGAACUCCUUAUCACGGACCGGAAGUGGAUUGCUGGAGUCUGGGUGUUCUGCUAUAUACAUUGGUCUACGGUGCUAUGCCUUUCGAUGGGUCUAAUUUCAAACGACUAGUCAAGCAGAUCUCGCAAUCCGAUUACUUCGAGCCCAAGAAGCCGUCUCCCGCCUCGGUGCUUAUAAAGGAGAUGCUCACAGUGUGUCCUGCUCGACGCGCAGACAUCGAGAAAAUCUGCACUCAUUGGUGGGUGAACGAGGGUUACGAGCAAAAUUGUCUCGAUAUUGCCGAGGAUCUGGCGGCUCAGACCCCUGUUCGGUUGGAUCUGUUGCUCUCACUGGUGCCACAGUCUGCCAGCGCCGAGAAGCUGCUGGUGGGCGAUCAGCAGGCGGGCGGAGACGUCGCGAAUAAUAUGUCUUCCGAAACAUUAGUACCUACCAGAUGCCAUUCGGUCGGUAGCUUGAUGGAACUCGAUCAGAAUAAUUCUGACAGAAGAAUAAGAGAGUUGUUCGACGAGGAACCAAGGUCUUCCGCGGCCGGGGAUGCUAAGAGGAAGCUGGAGACUACAUCAUCGACGGACGAGACGACCGCGGCGGGGGUUAAGAGAAAAGAGAGAUCCAGGAGGAAAGAGAAGUCGGAUGAGAGAGAGUCCAGAGCCUAUAGAUCUGUGUCGAGGCAUCAUUCGGCUCCAAUUCCAAAUUCUAUAUCGGAGGAGGCGAUGGAGGUGGAUCCUGCAGCCCUUCUAACUGUUCCUACGAGUAAGACUGUCGAUUUUGAUAUAUCAGAAUGCGCGGCUGCUUGCUUAGAACUCAUCGAAGAAUCAAAAGAGAGAUCGCCGAGUAAAGAAAGGAGCAAGACACCGUUGAUGAGCGAAUGCGAACAGUCGCACGAACCAGUAUCCACUGAGAACGUUCAGCAAAUACAUGAAAUUAAUGAAAAGGCUAGCAAUGAGCAAGACAUGUCUCCACAAAAGCAUACCAAGUCUCCUAGCAAAAGUUUACACGAAGAUACAGAUACUGUUUCGGAAAGCGUCAAUAAAACAAGCGAGAUGCCGCUUGAUCAGAAGUCGGAUACCCUGGAAUCAAAAGUGCCAAACGAAAAUGACACAAGUACCAAAAACGAAGCGUACUUGUCGCAAGAUACGCAGCAAUUCGAACCAACGGAGAACGACUUCAAGAAGCUCAAAGAGAAAGCACUCUCUUUUAACUCCGAGCUGCCAAAUGAAGAGAUAAGUCCACCCGCUAAACCCGUUGAGAGACGGCGCUCAAAGAUAUUCGAGACUGCUGAGAAAUUUAAUCAGCUGGCGUCUACUCCGGAAAAUGAGAAACCUAAGAAGAUAUUUAUUCCUGGUGUUAACGUGGGAGGCGCGAAGCGAGCCUUUGAACGAAAGGCCAGUCUCUCCUCCGUAACCACGCCACUUCCCGUAAAGGCCAGCGCGUCUAAAGUUAUUAUCGAUGUGCCAACAGACAAGAAGGGCGAGAAGGAGGCAGAACAAAAGCAGACGGUAGAAAAUCAGGAAAUUGUAACCACUGACGACAGAUUGAAUAAGCGAGACGAAGCGAAGAAACGCGCCGUCGAUAUCAUAAGCGGCGCGAUUGGCAAACCUCCGAUGCAAAGAAAGUUGAACGGCUCGCCACCAAUAUCGCCUCCAAGCUCGGACUCCAAGAAACUCGGAUUAAAGAUACAAGUUGCACCGAAUGACAUGCGAUCAGCCACUGUCUCCGUCUCCACGCCAAUCGAGACGAAAUUUGAAGGCAAGUCGGCGACACCGGAAGCAACCAUAACUAGCACGUCAUCUGCUACCGAAAAUUCGCAAUUGGAGGAACCUAAGAUGUCAAGUAAAAUGGAGAUAACAUUAAAGAGCGCAACAUUACCUAGACGAAAAACUAGCAAAGCCGAAAUUACGUUAUCCGGGUCCAAGCCGCCGGAAACCGUAGCGUUUAAGUCCAAGAUAGAGGCUAAGAUCGAUGCUUUUCAGCCGCAGAAACUGCGUACGCAGAGAUCGGAGGUGGCGUUUCCGGUCGCCGCAGUGGGGUUGCCUCGUAGGAGCGCGAGCUUAGAGCCGGAAGGCGGACUUCAGCCUCCACCGCCGAGAGAGAGAAUUAUACCAAUUCAGGUGGAAAUGGGAUCUGAGGAUUAUUCGACCACACCGCCGAUUAAACCGAUCUUCCAGAAAUCAAUGUCUCAGCGAUCGGGCUCUCUGUCGCGUCAAUCGACUGCUGAUUCGGACACAGACAGCGCUCUCGGGUCAACAGUGGGUCCGGAACCGAUCAGAAAGAGUCCUAGGGAGUAUAUAAUUCCUAUCGCGGUGGAGGGUGGCGGUUAUGUCACUCCUAGAUCGGGUAGUCUGGAGCCGGAGAGCAAGACUAGUACACCGACAAGCACGAACCCACCGAGAUCCCGAUUCGGUAGACCCAGAAGAAUGAGUUCUCUCCUCUUGGAUGCUAGCGAGGAUGAGUCUCCCUUUUCUUCGUUGCACGGCGAGGAUCUACUGCAAAGACACAUGCAUCGGUUGAGGAGUUCGCGGCCGUCUAGGUCGACCGAGCACGCCGACAGCUUGUCAUCCGGCGAGGACGACGAUGACGACGGUUUCGAGUUACUGACGGCCGAGAAUUUGUUCUCGACCUUACUGUCCAGAGUGCGAAGUCUGACGCAACGACUCAACGUCGAUGAUCGACCCGGUGGUUUCCCGAGCAGCAGACUGUUCAGUCGACUUGGCUCUCAACCCGCGUCUCAAGCGUUUUGGGGUCUUAACAAGCCGUUGUCUAGCUACGAGAGCUAUGUCGAAACACGGACAAUGACUACGCGACUCUCGGAAUCGCAGUUUAAACAUUCUCUGAGUCGUGACGCGGACGUGUUCUCAAGGAGAGACUCCGCCAGCACCUCCAAUCCCGGAACUCCAAACAGCCCCGGGUCUCGCAGCACACCUUCCAGAGAGAGCGUCUUUGAAAUCGGGAGCAAUACGCUGCCAAGAGAUAGAGUAGAGGAAGUACGAGACUUAGAAGCGGAGACGGCGACUCAGGUGAGGAAAGAGUCGCUGGAGCAGAAUUUCACUCCCAGCUUGGCCCGCAGACUUAGCAGGCAGUUUAUCGAGCAGACCCGGCACUCGAUACCGCGUUCGCCGUCCGUACCUCGGGACGGCAGCAGGUACUGUCGCUCGCCGACGAGGGAGACCCCAGCGAGGAACCUGAUCAGCGAAAUCGCAAGAUUACGUCACUCGGCUACGUCCGACCAGACCGAGUACAGAGCGAGAUCGCUCGACCGCAGGAGCGGCAUCAGGAGGACCAACAGUCUGCUGGAACCGUCCAGAUUGGACCCAUCGAUGGAGAGACAUUCGCCUAGGAGGAGCAUCAGUCUGUUCGACGACGACGACGACGACAACGACGAUGGGAGACUGCUGACGUCACUUCCCAAGCACGUGAUGACCCUCGGACGGAAGUACAAGGAGUCGGUUAGGUCGAACGGGAGGCGAGAGAACUUCUACAAUUACAGGACAACGGAUAAGAUUCAGGAGGAACCAGGCGAUGACGCCUUCGUGUCCGGUCGCAAGGAGGACACCGAUAAUAUCGACAACGUCGUGGAGAACGGCUCUGUGUCGGAAGGUGCAUCCAUAUCCGUGUGCAACUCGAAUGCAAAUCUGGACAUCACCACAACUUCGAGCGGCGUGUCGGCCAGAUCCUGCGAGACCUCGCCCACGGAGUCGUCGUCGAAUCUGGGCGAUUGCACGAGCAAGUCGAUCGGCAAGUCCGAGCGCACGUCCAUCAGCUUCGAGAACCGCUUGCUGGCGGCGGAGAACCUGAUCAAGGAGUCGAAGCUGAAGAAUCUGACGCCGCAACGAUUCAAUCCGAAUCUCAGCUGCAACUACAAGGACACCGACAAGUGCGACAAGGAGGCGUUGAUCGCUCCUUCACCUCCGGACUCGUCGUCGACCAGCUCCAUCGUGUCCAAAAGACGCAGCUGCAUCCCGAGUCUCAGAUUACGUUCGGGCUCGUUGACCAGGGAGUCGAGCGUGAGUUCGGAUCGCAGGAAGUCGUUCACCGGCUCGCAGGACGCGCUGGCCGGCAACGCGACUCAGGAGAGAUCGUUGUUGAGCAAGUUCUUCAGAAGCGGCAGCAAGGAGCUCGAGCCGAAGACCAACAACAGACAGGACCAGAAGCCUAAACAGCAUCGGAUCUCGCGCUUCCUGCGACCGGACUUCUUCGACACUCCGCGAGAGGAGAGCCAAUACGUGAAGGAGAAGGAGGCGCAGAAGGCGGCGGAGAACGAGCGCCGGAAGUCGCGAUUCAUGAGACGGAAGAGCGAGAAUAGGGAAAGCGAGAGCGCCAAGGACGAGAAGAUCUGCAAGGAGCAGAAGAACGAGAUAAACGCCUUGCAGAGGGAUAAGCUGGACAGCGUGGUCGCCUCUUCCGCUUCUUCUUCCUCCUUUUCGGAAACCAAGUCCAAGAACGAGGACAAAGAGAAAGCGAAGGUGGAACGCGCCUCCGGCGCGAAAAGCGGCUUCCUGCACUCGUUGGAGAAGAAGCUGGAGAAGUUGCGCGCGAGCGACGAGUCGAGUGCAAAGUCGACGGCGAAUGACGGCGACCGGAAGGAACGUGAGUGCUCGGCGCCGCCCAUCGUGCCAGGUCCUGCGGAGUCUGCCGAAGUGAAGAAGACGCUGAGCGUGGAGGAUCUGACCUUGGACAAGAACGCCGGGACAAAAAACGUGUCUUCGGCCAAGGGACGGGUGACUUCGGUUUUGGGGUUGUUUAAAACGAACUCUGAUGCGAAGCAGAACGGCCGGUCGCAGAACGCGAUCAUGAGCAGGCUGAAGCGGAGCCCACCCAAGUGUCCUAAGUCGACCGAGUCGGAGGAAGACAGCGGUGCCAGUAGAAUACCAACUAAAUUUGUCAGAACCGAUAACAGCAAAUCGGGAAAGAGAAUGCCGGAGUCCAAGAAAUCACCGGAAAAGGUGAUUAGUGAGAGUAAGAGAUCCCCACCCAAGGAAAAGUCGAAGGAAAAAGAGGUUAUAAUUAAAGAGAAGAAAUCUCUGGUAGAGAAGCAAUCGAGGGAGCUUAAAAGAACGCCGGAGAAAAAUGUCCAAUUAGACUCUUCCGCGGAUAAAGUGAGGUCGCAGAAAGCGGAGUCGCCGAAAAAAUUAUCGGACGAGUCAGACUCUCAGAGAAUCGUGGAUAAUAAACACGCGGAGUCCAUUAUUAGUGGCGAAGACAAGAAGCUGAUGAAGACCAAGAAGAAUAUUAGCUCUCUGAGCAAGAACGGAUCUGUCGCGAGAAUCGACAAGGCUGAAGAAGUUGAUAAAAAGACCAAGAAGCCGGUGAAGUCGAAGGAGAGCGUGGAUAAAGACGAAAUCAAUGGCACUAAGAAGAAGAGGAUAGUACGAGUCGUGAAGAAAGUCGUGAAGAAAUCGCCCGACAGCUCCGAAAGCAAAUCCGACGAGAAAGAGAGAACCUCGAAGCUGCUGGUGAAGAAGAAACCCGCGACGAAGAAGGAGAAGAGUCCUGAGACACCGAAUGUUACGGCAUCAGAUUCAAAGGGAAACAACCUAGAUGAUCAGAUCAUCAUGAAGUCAUCCUGUUCGAAACAGACAGAACCGGAGGGAAACAUUCAGGAAACGUCGUUUGCGAAGUUCAACGAUGCUGGCGAACAUCUUACGCAAAAAACAGAUACAUUGUCCAAGGUCAAUGUUACGGAAGUUCAAGUUGGACCGAAAUCUGACGCGAACUUGUCAUUCAUCGAUCAGACCAGUUCCGCGCUUCAAAAUACUUCGAACACUCCGAGUCCUGUAGCUCGCAACGAUUCCAACUUUAAUGUUAGUCCAACUAAACAGCUGGACCAACAUCGGCCGAGCAGGGCGGGUCUGAAACUUGAUCUGUCCAAGAUACCACAGCAUACAUUCAGACACACAACUCCCAAAAGAGAUUCGCCCAAGUCCGGGUCGCCCAAACCGAAUCCCGCUAUUGGAUCACCCAAGGACAACCCUGUGGCAGAGAGUGGCGACAAACUGAUAGACUGUCUGUCGAGGAUGACGCAUCACGCAAACAUAACCGGGAACAAGAUCAUUAUCGAUAAACCCUUACGCGCCAAGGACGUCGCCGAGCUGAAACGAGAGGUCACCGAGUGCGUCAAAAUCAUGGAGAAUCACAUGGAGUCGCGGAACGAUCGCUCAGACUCGCGAACUGACGAUUGUUCGACGUUCAACUCUCUCGCAAGCGACGAGAAGCCGCGGGAGAACGCGAUAGAUCCGCCUAGACAGGUCAACGACACGGACAACGCUAAAGUAGCCAAAGAGUCGCCAUCGGAAGAUUGCCUGACCAGCGAGAUGUUCUCGCCCGAAGAACCGGAGAGCUUCGAUUCUUGGUCGAUCUGCUCAGCUGAUCUGAACCACAAUCGUGGUGAUCUACACUCGCCGCUGCUGUACUCGCCGACGUCGCCGACGUCAUACUCCCUAUUCAUGCGCGGCGACAGUUCGGAGUCAGUGAUAGACCGAAUACGAAGACGCAGCUUCUACUCCAGGUUUAACGACCGGAAGAGGCCGUCCCUGACGGCGCCGCCGCCAGGGGUGAGCAGCGCGACUCUGCCCAGGAGAUUCAGCCUCAACAGCUCUAGGGAAAGGGAGCGCAGAUUGUACAGCUAUGGCGUUUCCAGGACGAGGUCGGACAACAGAUACGGUUCAUACGGCGAUGAGAUAUCCUGCAGAAAGUCUCCGGUCGACCGAGAGAGAUACAGCGACCUGUCGUCAUCGCACGGUCAUCAUAGUCCGGAGGCGAAGUCCCACUACGAUCACCAUUACUUGCCGUCUUCCUCGUACGAUUCCCCGAAGAAGAGAUACGUCAAGUCACCAACUUCGGAUCUGUCGCGCGUUAAGUAUCACAGCACGGACGUCAUCUCGGACAACGAUCUCGCGGUUCCGGGAGCCUACAAGAGUACCAUGUCCAGGUCGUCUUUGAACGACUCUGGUGGCACAAUGACGGAUUUCUACUGCAAUAGGGCCGCGUCGACCGCUCUGCCGAGGAAGUACGGCUCCAGCGUAAGUGGUCUGAAGCCGAAAAGCGUGGAGUACUAUGAAGAGAUCCUGUCACCGAGCAAUCCUGACUAUCUGUCGCCACGCGACACCUGUCGAUCCCCGUUGCUGGACGGCUACUUAGGUAGAUGCGAGAACGGCUAUCAUAACAACGUCGCGGAUCUGCCGCAAUUUGGCACUGACAGGCAAAGGUCCUACGCUGAUAGGAUGGCGGAUGUAAUGGAUCUCGGUGAAGGGAACAGCAAACUAUUUGAAACAUAAUGCAACGCUUCGGCAAAACGAGAGGCGCAUCCUCGACAACUGCAGAUGGAUCUGUUACGGAAACAGAACUGAACUUUUAAUUCAGAUAUAGAGAAAGUAAUUUUAUAAAAAUAAUAUACAAGAAUAGGAGAACGUCUUACUAUUACAACGAUUUUAUAUAAUAUAGUUUUAUGAUAUACAUCAGUGAAUCUCGUCAAAGUCUUGCGCUUCUUUGUCACGAUGAUGAAAUAAUCGCGACGGUAGUAAAGAAGGAAUUAAGAAAUAUUAAACGAAUACAUCGAAUGCAUCAUCAUAUAGAAGUUACAAUGAUUUCCAGUUAAGCAUGAUUUUUUUAAUGGGUUAGCGAGUCAUUUCUUUAACGAGUUCGAAUCUUGAGACAUGAAAAAUUCAGAAGCUUUUUUUUGUCAUAUGUGAAGAGAGAAGCUUUUAAUUAAAUUUUGAUAUGUUGUACAAUUUCGAAUUUGUAAUUCAAUUUAAGAGUCGGAAAUAUAUUUAAAAAUUUCUAUUCAUAUUUAUAUUAGAUAUAAAUACAUG